AAAGAAGAGAGAGAGAAGAAGAAGAAAGAAGGGGAAGGGAGAAGGGGGAGAAGGAGAAAAGAGAAAAAAGAGAGGGAAAGAGAGGAGGAAGAAGAGAAGAGGAGAGAAGAGAAGGGAGAAGAGAAGAGGAGAGAAGAAGAAAAAAAAGAGAGGGAGAGAGGAAAGGAGAAGGGGAACAAGAGAAAAGAGAGA